AUGGCUUCCAACAACACAACAUCUCCAGACACUCAGGUCACCCUGAAAAUCAACUUCGACGGCAUGACUCGCCGCCACAAGCUUCCUCUGCGCGAUAUGGGACCCAGCACGCUUGAGGAGAGAGUUCGCGCUCUUCUUGCCAUUACCCAGGAUGCCAACGUCGUUCUCGAGAGAUAUUCUGACUCGGCUGGUUCGUACAUCACCCUCGACAAGCAAAACGUCUCCGUCUACAAGCAGCUAUACCGUGCCGCCAAGGCCAAGCAAAAGCUCAAGCUUCGCGUUACCAAGGUCUCUGAAGAGAGGAUGGCACCAAGGCCGGUUUCCGUUGAGGAUGUUCCCGAGUCCAGCACGCCCGUACCUGCACCCAAGGUUGAGGAGCAGCCACAACCCGAAGUUCCCGCCUUUGUGCAGCCACUCGUCGAUCUCAGACAGUCUGCCGAUGUCGAGCCUAAGAAGGAGUUGCCCACCAGCGACACUGGUCUUGAUUUCGAGGCCUCUAUUCUGGCCUCUCUUCUGAGGAGACACGCCAAGAUCAACGAUGAGGAGACCCCGGCGACUCCCGACAUUCCUGUUUCGGAAGGAAUCGCUGCUCGCAACCAGUGGUUUGCCAACGCCUCUGCGCCUGAGAAUACUCCAUCCAGGUCUUCUUGGGCUCGCUGCCCCGCUUUGACGCAUCCCAACACAAACUUCGCCGUCUGCUGCAACAGCUGUGACCAGACUGUACCCGAUGCUCACUACCACUGCUCGACAUGCGACGACGGUGACUUCGACCUCUGCCAAAACUGUGUCGACCAAGGCAUUACUUGCUACGGCGCCGACCACUGGCUCAUCAAGCGUAUCGUUAAGAACGGUCAGAUCGUUAACAGCACGACGCAGACUAUCGCCCCCAAGAUCAAGUCCAAGGCGCAGGACUCUGUCAAUGAACCCAUCAGUUUCGCCGAACUCCAGAAGCACAUCGAGCCCCUCGGCCCCGACAGGAUUCUUCCCGUCUUCAGCAACGCCAUGUACAACAUGCGUACCUGCAACUGCUGCGUGACCGAGCUCCCCGAAGCUAGCUUCCUCCACUGCACCGCUUGCGAGGAUUUCGACUUGUGCCAUGCAUGCUUCGAGAAGGACUCUCACGGCCACAACCCCAAGCAUCCCUUCGUCCCCGCUGUGGAGGGUGCUCAUGUUCCCGGCCACAUCCAGGUCAAGCUUUCUCCUGGCCGUAACCAGAGCCACAACGCCAUCUGCGACGGCUGCGACAAGUACAUUGCUGGUGUUCGCCACAAGUGUCUCGACUGCCCUGACUGGGACUACUGCGCCGAUUGUAUCGUGAACUCCAAGUUUGUUCACCCCAACCACCGCUUCGUCCCCAUCUACGAGCCUCUCGAGGAGGUUCGCAGCCGUGCCGUCACCCGCUCUGUCCACUUCGGCAUCUGCUGCGACGGGCCCCUGUGUGCCCGCGCCCACAACGCUCCCGCCUACAUCACCGGCGUCCGCUACAAGUGCACUGUCUGCAACGACACCGACUUCUGCGCUAACUGCGAGGCUAGCCCCGCUAACACCCACAACAAGACUCACCCUCUCGUGAAGUUCAAGACUCCCAUUCGCCAUGUCACCGUCACUACUACUGGCGAGCGUGGUGACGGCCAGCGCAUGCGGCAGAUGGGUGACCAUAACAUCGGUCGCACCAGCUCACGCUCCACCGAAACCACUGCUAACGCUUCCAUCAACACCGUCCAGACCGUUGUUGACGUGAAGCCAACAGAGCCUGCUGUCAAGGAGGAGGUCGUUGAGAAGGCACCAGAGCCCGUGCCUGAGAUCAAGAAGGAGCCCGAAAUCAAGGAGGAGGUCAUCGAGGAGAAGCCCGCAGCACCUAUUGCGGAGAAGCCUAUCACCGAGCAGGACCUUGCGGCUGUGUUCGUUCGUGACACCGUUGCCGAUGGCACUAUCUUGCCACCCAACCACGUAUUUGAGCAGACCUGGGUCCUCCGCAACGACGGCGAGGUUGCAUGGCCCGCUGGCUGCUCAGUCAAGUUUGUCGGCGGUGACUACAUGGGUCACGUCGACUCUAACCACCCUGCCGGAAUCUCUGAGCUCGUUUCCGCCUCGGAGUCGACUGUCUGCUACACGCCUCUCGCACCGGGACAGGAGUUCUCUUUCAACGUUCUGCUCCGCACUCCCGCGCGUGAGGGCAAGAUCAUCUCUUACUGGCGUCUGACGACCCAGGACGGCUUGAAGUUCGGUCACAGACUUUGGUGCGACGUCAGCGUCCAGGCCCCGAAGCCCGUUGUCGAGGAGCCCAAGGAAGAGCCCAAGGAAAUUCCCGCCGAGAUGCAGAGCAGCAACAUGAUCUUCCCUAAGUUGGAGAAGGAAUCGCCCAUUUCUAGCAUUCACGAGGAGGUCAAGUCCGAGUCUGCUCCGGCUACCAGCUCCGAGGCAGAAGAAUUCGAGGACUGCGGUGAGGAUGAAGAGUGGGACGCGUCCGAGGACGGUUUCAUGACGGAUGAGGAAUACGACAUUCUGGACGCUUCUGACGAGGAGUUCCUCGAGGAGCAGCAGAGGCGGCUCAGGAAGUAA